AUGAGCACGGCGGUGAACGAUGACCCCAGGCUGGGAGCACUUGUCGUGCCUGGAGAGGUGGGCGACAUCGUGGUCGUGGGCUUCCCCUCUGACGAAGGUGUCAAGCGCAACGGCGGGCGACCUGGCGGGCCUGAAGCGGCAAGGAAGCACCUGAUGAAGGUCGGGCCUCUGGUUAACCCCGAGUUCGGCAUCGACCUGCGAGGGCUUAAGAUCGUGGAUGCGGGCGACAUUGCUGUUCCCACGCUGGAGGAAGGCCACGAGUCACUGGCCAGCACGGUGGGGAAGAUCAUAGGACACGGAGGUAUUCCAUUCGUCAUUGGCGGAGGUAACGAUCAGUCGUACCCGAAUGCCCGCGGUCUCCUUGCUCACGUCCCGUCGGGCUCCAUGGCCGCGAUCAACAUCGACGCUCACUUUGACGUUCGGCCUCUGAAGGAGGGCAAGGUCCACUCCGGCUCUCCCUUCAGACUUCUCAUCGAGGAUGACCGUUUCCAGGGAGAGCACUUCGUCGAGUUUGCGAGCCAGGGCAAUCAGUGCAGUGCGGUGCACGCGCAGUACAUCACCGAACACAAGGGAAAGAUCGUGUGGCUCUCCGAUAUCAAGAAGCGCUGCGAAGCCAUCUUCGUAUCGUUUGACAUCGACUCCAUCAAGAGCAGCGACUGCCCCGGAGUGAGCGCGCCCGGAGCGGUUGGGCUCACAUCAGAGGACGCCCUUGAGAUAUGCUUCGUGUCGGGAAAGAACCCCAAGGUGCGGCUGGUCGACCUGUCCGAAUACAACCCUCUUGUUGAAGAGUACAGGACGGGUCGCCUUGUGGCAACGAUGUUCUACUACUUCGCCAUGGGCGUGGCGUCGCGCUAUGCCAAGCCCUGA